CCUUUUCCUCAUUCCUUCUAUCUUAACCAGUAAUAAUCAGAUCUAUUCACAACUAGCUACCUAGCUUUAUAUAUUCUGUUAUCAGAUCCAACUCCAACACAACUUUUUUUUAUUUAUAUCUUUAUGGAACAUAUAUUCUCUUACAAUUUCCAGUUCAAAUCUAGUUCAGUCAUGAUGGAGGUCACAGGUUGAUGCACCAUCAUAUCAACAUCCUUUCUUCAACUAUAUAUCAACUUCAUGCAUGAAACCAUUGAUUAAUUCUCACUUGUCUCUUUAAUAUUUAUACAGAUCUUUGCCUUUGCCUCAGGAAACUUAUAACCACCACCCCAUAAAGGUUUAAUUUAAUUUUUUUUUUUCUGAACUUUGAGUUUUAGGGUUUUCGAAAAAAUGAUGUCUCAGGAUAAUUUGAACCCGAAUCCACCCGAUGACAGCUCCGGAAACAGCCAGAAGGGCGCGUGCAGGCCGGCUGAAGCACCAAGGUGCCCGAGGUGUGACUCACCGAACACAAAGUUUUGCUACUACAACAACUACAGCCUUAGUCAGCCGAGGUAUUUCUGCAAGACUUGUAGAAGGUAUUGGACUAAAGGGGGCGCGUUACGCAAUAUACCAAUUGGAGGUGGGUGCAGGAAGAACAAGAAGAUGAGUAGCAAGUCCUGUUCAAGAUUCGCCUCUGAUUCGAUGGACUCAGGCGGUUCAAGCUCGUAUCUGGAUCAUUUAGGUGGAUUCAAGUUCUCGAACAUCGGCCUCUCGUCCGGGAUGAAUUUUCAGACGCUUGAUACUAAUCUCCCCAGAACAUUUUCUCCUGUUCAGCAGUAUCAGCAGCUGAGUACGAAUUCCUCGUUUGGGAAUUUUUCGAGAACUUUAUCGAGUCCUUGUUUCAGUCUGGAGAAUCAGACUGGCAGUUCUUCUGGCAGUGGUUUUAUGGGGCUUAAUUUCCCUUUGUCUUCUUCCGGGAUCAAACAAGUCCAUGGAAGUGCACAACUACUUCAAGAUCAUGACCUCGAUAUCAAGAACAACGACGUCGUUGCAUCGUCUAUCGAAUCAUUGAGUUCAAUCAACCAGGACUUGCACUGGAAGCUGCAACAGCAAAGAUUGGGUAUGAUGAUGUUCAGUGAAGAGAAUAGUAUUACUGAUCAAAAGGAGGGCCUGGGAAAUACUAGUGUAAUUAUGCCUCCGAAACCACAGCCUAUUUUGUUCGAGAACCUGGAGAUAUCCUCAAGAGUGAAAGAUCAUGAUGUUCAUCAAGCUGUAGGUGGAAGUGGAAGCGGAAGCGGUACUUCAGGAACUGAGUGGCUGCUUGAUCACAACUCGAAUCAUUCGCUAGGGAACGCCGCUCAAACAAACAGCAGCAACACAGGGAUUAACGGAAUGAAUCAAGCAUGGGGUAACUUCUACCAAUACACACCACUGCCAUAGCGGCGGCUGCUCGUGAUGAUCAUCGAGUCAAAGGCGGGUGUGUGUGCGUGUGUGAACAAAUCCAAGUUAAUUAGUAGUCAUAUAGAGAUAAACAGAAACAUUUCUACUAUAUUAUGUGUAUGUUGUAGAACGAUAUGAAUGUCAUGUAUGAUGUAUCGAUCCUAUCUGAAUUUGUUUUCUUUUAAUUUGUGGUUCAAGGUAGAAUGAAAAGUUGGGAAAGUGUGAACUUGUUCUUUUAAAUGUAUUCA